CUUUAAUUGGACUAACUCCUAAUGUUCAACAGUUGUACAGCUUUGCCCAGGGCUUCCUGAGACAUUAUUUUGUUAUCACGGAGACAGCAGCCCUGUCGGAUAUUAGUAAACAGUUGAGCUCAGCGUCCAAUGAGCGGCAGGAACUUCCCCCUGGUUUCCUCUCCGCAGCGCUGCUGAGGUGCCCUGCCACGGCUGCAUCUGUAGCAGGCUCGUUUCCCCCCGUCUUCACCACCCUCCAGCGGGGAGAGACCCCCUCCUCACAUCUUCCCUCUUCUUGUCUUCAACAAGCCGCCACGGGUUCUUCUCCUCCUCGCCUUCGAAGAUGCCGAACAUCGUGCUUUUCAGCGGGAGCUCGCAUCACGACCUGUCCCAGAAAGUGGCUGAUCGGCUCGGGCUGGAGCUGGGGAAGGUGAUAACGAAGAAGUUCAGCAACCAGGAGACGUGUGUGGAGAUCGGGGAAAGCGUCCGCGGCGAGGACGUGUACAUCGUGCAGAGCGGCUGCGGAGAAAUUAACGACAACCUGAUGGAGCUUCUCAUCAUGAUCAACGCCUGCAAGAUCGCCUCGGCCUCCCGCGUCACCGCCGUCAUCCCCUGCUUCCCCUACGCCCGGCAGGACAAGAAGGACAAGAGUCGAGCGCCCAUUUCUGCCAAACUGGUGGCUAACAUGUUGUCUGUGGCCGGAGCGGACCACAUCAUCACCAUGGACCUGCACGCCUCGCAGAUCCAGGGAUUUUUUGACAUUGCCGUGGACAACCUGUACGCAGAGCCGGCCGUCCUGCAGUGGAUCAAAGAAAACAUUCCUGAGUGGAAGAAUUGCAUCAUCGURUCUCCGGAUGCUGGAGGAGCCAAGCGCGUGACCUCCAUCGCCGAUCGUCUGAAYGUGGACUUUGCCCUCAUCCACAAAGAGAGGAAGAAGGCCAACGAGGUGGACCGUAUGGUCCUGGUCGGGGACGUGAAGGACCGAGUGGCCAUCAUGGUGGACGACAUGGCCGACACCUGCGGCACCAUCUGCCACGCCGCYGACAAAUUAAUCGACGCCGGCGCCACCAAGGUCUACGCCAUCCUCACGCACGGGAUCUUCUCGGGUCCGGCCAUCUCUCGCAUCAACAGUGCCCCGUUCGAGGCUGUGGUGGUGACCAACACCAUCCCACAGGAGGAGAAGAUGAAGGCGUGUCCAAAGAUACAGGUCAUUGACAUCUCCAUGAUCCUGGCCGAGGCGAUCAGGAGAACCCACAACGGCGAGUCGGUUUCAUACCUCUUCAGUCACGUUCCUCUGUGAAGAACAGGAGGCUCCACCCACUUCACCCCGCGAGGCCGCUCAUCCUGCAGCGGUGAUCGAAAAAGACCAAGCCCAUGUGACUGUUUUUUUUUUUUUUUUAAAGAACUCACACACACACAUACCAUCAGGGACAUUAUCACCCAGCAGAUACAGCCAAACAGCUUUUCUGAAGUUUAUAUUUAUGAUUACUUUCUUUUUUGUUUUAGUUUCCUGUGUACUUCCUGUUUUUUUUUUUCAACUCGAGCCGCGAGGCUUUGAUUAAAGGGUCCAUCAUUUUUUCUUUUUUUGUUUUAAAAGAUGCAUUCCUUUCUGACAUAAAAUUAAAGAUUUAUGCCUCUUCUUUUUUUUCCUGCGGCCCCUCCUGGUGUAGGGAUCAACCUUUAACUCAGCCUGAUAGAAGCACUUGAUGCUCACUCUGUCAUCAGACUCUCAGCAGUCUUCACAAGCUGUUCUGAUUCAUGUGAUCACAAACACAAGAAAUCUUAUCUUCUAUUUUAGCGAGCCACUACAGAUGUCCUGCUGCAGCCGUUCAGUUGUCACAGGUUCAUAUGAGGAUUCUUUGAUUUCUUCCUGUUUCAAAUAUGUUGAGACUAAUAGGAGAUGCAGCGCUUCACCUUCAUUAGGGUCAUGAACGACGACUGAGCCUGACGCUGUUUUUAUAGUGUUAAGAUUCAAACCCCGAUUGUGUCAUCGUCACAGCUGGGACGGGUCACUACGGUUCAAUAAAGGUGGAUUUUAGUGACGUAAAAGUUGAUGGGAA